UGGCAGGCUGCUUCAAGUGAUAACGUCACGCGGCAACGGUCUCUCUCUUCUCACUCAACAGCGAGGCUUUGUUCCGGGCGGAGUCUGUUGCGGUUCGGAGUCCGUUGUGGUUUUGGAUCGGGCGGUUUUCGCAGUAUUUGGUCGUUUGUCGCAGUAUUUGGCGGAAGGAGGCGAGGCGGCGUCGAGGAGGCCUUUCCUUCUCGGGCUUUGGUAACAUCCCUGCGCUCGGGUGGCCGACCACCUCUUUCCAUCCCGAAGCCACCAGCUUCCUUGUCUUUGGCGGCGUUUCUCACAGCGGCGGCGGUUUCCUGGAGGCCGGGUAAUGGGCCUAGUCGUCUUUUCUUCCUGAGGCCUGCCCAGAUUCACCUUCCGGUUUCCUUAAACAGGGUCAUUUCCUCGCCCUCAGUCAAUCGGGUUCCUUCGCCAGUUAAAAGAUGCCUCUCUGCUUCCCUCCCUCGCCUUUCGGGCCCUCUUUGGAUUCGCUUUCCCCCUUUGGUCCAGAAAAUAUGCAUUAUUUCCACCUGCUAAUGGGAUCAUUGGCACCAGUAAACUGUGGAGUUCACUCCUAUGAGAGUAGGCUCGAUUGAUCGGAAAAAUGAGGAAAGAUCCCCGUAUCCGUGAUUUCUGGGCCAAAAUAAUUCCCCCCUCGGAGUACAGGCAGUCCCCAAGUUACAAACAUCUGACCUACAAACGACUCAUACUUAAGAACAGGGUUGAGACAACCAGAUGUGAGAGAAAUCCAAACCUUGGAAGAGAAAUUCACUCCUGAAAUAGUUAGCAUGGGGAAAAGGUGUCUCUACUGAAGCUUUAUUACCAAAGGUCUUCCAUUUGAAUGUGGGGACAUGAGAGAAAUCUACCACAGAAUGGUAAAACAUCAAACAUCCUGGCAUCCCCUGGGUAAUGUCCUUGCAGACAGCCAAUUCUGUCACACCUGAAGCGACUUGCAGUUUCUCAAGUCGCUUCUGAUACGAAAAGAAAACCAAACCAAUCCUUGUUUUAACAAGAAGGGAAAAAAAUUCAAAAUCCAGUUCUCACAGGGACAGAAAGUGAGGUGAAAUCUUCAGAACAGUGGCCCAGACAGUAAAACAAACACCACAGGGUUGCUAACCUUUCCCUGUACUAUCAGAAGCUAACAAUAUAUAUUCACACAUGUACAUACAUACAUUUGUCUGGAGUUACACAAAAGUACCUGUUCUGCCUUACAUAUGAAUUCAACUUAAGAACAAAUCUUGUUCGUAACUGGGGGAUUGCCUGUAUUUCCACCUCAUUUCCACUGCCAUUUGCAGUUUAAAAUUAAUCUUAAUUAGAUUUUUAAAAAUGUAACUUAAAUCCAAUCAUUAUAAAAAAUUAAAAUGUAGACACUAGUAAAAAAAACAAAACAAAAGAAGCAAACACUAAAAUAACCCUCUGGUAGUCCCACUCCAUUACCGGUGGCAUUUGUGGUUGAUUUGAGAGGCUCCACUCAAAAGACUAAACUAGGCGCCUAUUGUGUUAUAUUUAAUAGCCUAAGGUAAUAUAAUAAUAAUAAUAAUAAUAUAACUUUAUUUUUGUAUCCCUCCUCCAUCUCCCCAGGGGGACUCAGGGCAUCUCACAUGGGGACGAGCCCAACAUAGACAUAAGUUAAAACAACCCAUACAUUAAAAACAAUAUAACACUAUAAUAUAAAACAACAUAAAAACAUAAAUUACUUAAAAACCUGGGCAUAAGUACAAUAUGUGCAGGAGUAAGCUUGAACAGGUAAUUCAUUUGAAUCUCAGUAGUAAAAUGUUAGGAAAAUAGUUUCCUCCAGUCUAGCACAGCUGAAAGUGAGUGAAUGUUAAAAAUGGUGGGAAAGGGGGUCGGAUUAAAGAGGAAAACCAAUUGCAUAGGGCAUUCAGACUUGUUUUGCUGCAUGUACUUAUCUAUUUCCUGUUUGCAAAAGUAUUCUAAACCUGGUGGACAACAAAGCCCGUCCAGAGGUUGGUAAUCAAGUUCUAGCAUUCUUUUGCCAUUGGUUAUUCUGCCAAGGCUACUGGAAGUUGCAGCUUGACCGCAUCUAGGUUAAAAGACAAAUUCAGCAGUCUCGUAAAUGAUGAUGCUGCCCUAUUUCAACCAUCUUCCUGGGCAGAAGUAGGCCAUAGUUGCAUGAAAUACAUUUCCAAAAUGACUGUUACAGAAGUGGUGAAGCAGUAUUUUGUAUCAAAACAAAAGAACAAUUAUUUGGGAUUUUUUCCAUACUUAUUUCCAAAAUACCUAUUGAACAGAAGUAUCUGUUUUUUUAAUAAGGAUCAUUUAUACAGAUAGGCAAAGAAUUUUUUUUGAUGCCCUUACACAAGCAGGAGCAGAUUUUUCUUUUACUUGUAAAUAUUCUGAAUCCAGCCUCCUCAAAUUUACUAUUGGAUUGACAUGUUUAGCAUCCUGCAGCAGUUUUGGGUAUUUUUGCAGCAUGCCUUUGCUUUCAAAGACUUAUAAAAAAUAGUAAUAGGAAUUCAUUGUCAUAUCAUUUCCCCAUGCAAUGCAUUUCCAUACAAUGAUACUGGCAGCUUGUUGUUGAUUUUCUCUAAAGUGAGAACAGAAAAGUUACAAGUGAAUGUUUUUUUGUGGCAGUAUGCAUAUGAGUAUGUGUUGCUUUCAAAUCUUGUUUCCCAAAUCAUAAGGCUAAUCAGAGAAUUGAGAUACUCCAGAUUUUUUUAUUGUAUAUGACAGGAAAUUAUCGGAUCCAAUUUGAUUUAUGAAUAGUCAAAGAAAAAUUCUUAGGUAUGUUGAUUAACAGAAACCCUUCUAUGUAUAUUGAUGCAGGAAGCCUAUAAGCCUAACUGGCAUUGGGCCAAGAAGUCAUAGAUUUCUGCAGCUGAUCGGUAACAUCUCUUGAUCUCUAGACUUCAAGUCAGUUCAGAUUUUGAUCACACUCAACAGGUACUCUAAGAUAAGCCUGAGAACUGUAUAUUUCAUAUUCAAUUUAAAGUUACCGUACAUUUGUGUAUUACUUUGGCCACCCAACAAGCACGCUGUUAUCGUUGAUGGCUGCUGAUCAGAAUAGUUUGAAGUGUAGAUGAAAAUGCUGCUCUCUAGUAUCCUUUAUCCUUUGUUCCACAAUGUCUGGAGAAGUCACAUAAUUCCCAAGCUCGGCCUAAAUUGUUUUCUGUUUACAUUACUAAAGGAUCAUUGUAUUUCCCUUAAAUGUUAGCUGAUAAUCACAUGGUUCCUCAAAAGCUCCUAGACCAUGUAGCUCAAAGCUACACAUCUGUAGCAAGGUUAUUGCUCUUGGUUUGAUAGGAUGAGAAGACAAGUAUAAGAAACUUUAUUUUGUCAAAAUCAGACACAAAAUAAAUUUUGAUUGAAAAUACAGGAUAAUGGAAUAAUGGAAGUAUGAUAAACAAUGGUAAUAUGAAUUUUAGUGAAUCUUGCUGAUGAGUGCAGAUUUUACCUUUUGCAGCACUAGUAUCAUUUACUGUAAUAACAGCUAAGAUUACAUUUUUAAAAAGGAGUGCUACAAAGAUUUCUUUAAAAUGUGUAAGUUUAUGUUGUUGUUGUUUUUAAUUAAACUGGUGAUUAUUUUUUUAAUACCAUCAACUUUUUUCUUUGUUGAUGAAAUAUGACUCAGCAAAUUAUCCAGAAAGAAAUGUUGGCCCUUGUUGCAAUUCUGAUUCCUUAGUUAUAAGAAAGUAUAUGUAUUCAAAGGAUAUUUUAAUGAAGACUUUGUGUUCUUGAAUGUUUUGUUCAAUUUCAUUUUAAACAAAUUGGUCACUGUUUGGCUAAAGAGACAUCAGUUGGCUCUGAAAUAUCCUUUCAGUCUUCACUGAAAAGCAGUGAAGAAAGGAUCAUCUUUAUAGGAUAUUUGGGAGAAAAAAAAUGAACUUUUUGAAGGCAAAAUCAAACAGUUCAGUUUCUUGAUUUAUGCAGCCAAGCCUGUUGUUUUUACAAGUGCUGCGUGGUGCAGUUGCUUUCCAUCUAAAAAAAUUUGCAACCCAAUCUGUCUAAAAAUAGUUCUUAUAAGACAAUGUAUACAACAUGCAUGUAUCAUGUCUUUCAGAAUAUUCAAUUGGCAUGUACCUAUUUUUAUUCAUAACUGUUCAAACAAUUGGCAUGAAAAUGCAUUUUUUGUGGAAAAAAAUUGUAAUCUAUUUUGAGUUUCCAAAGUUGUGUUUUCUAGUCACAAAGCCUUUUAUUACCCACACAUUGCUAUGAAAGUAUACAUUAUGUGUAUAUACAAAUCUAUUUUAUGCAUUCAAGUAUUUUUUGCUUUCAGUUAAUGAAGGUCGGGGAAGAUUAUUCUUUUUUCCAAUAGGUGAAGAGAUUUUUGAAGACCUGAAUUUCAAACUUUGUGUUUUAAAUUUUAAAAAAAAACAAGUAAACAACCCCUAAAUUAUCUGGCUGUAGAAGAUGGAUCUUCUUUGCAGCUACUUUGAAACACAAGUUCAUCUUUAAAUGAACUGUUUAUUUUGAAGAGGCAAUUAAUCUUCACUGUCUCCAGUCUUCCUGAUCAUUCAAAUGGACUUGCUUUCUCCAGUAGUUAUUAUUCAUCUCUGAAUUUUGAGUACGGAUGUUUCCUUGACUAUGUGAGGAAGAAAAGUUUUUCUACUCCUUUAUUAUCAAUUCAUCGACUGAGUGUUGAUUCGAUCUACAGGGAAAAAAUACCUGGAAGUAUUUGAAGAAGGAGUUGAUCAAGGAUCAUAUUGUGAGGAAGAUACCAGCAGAGUCAGUCUAGAGAAGAUUGUGCCAUAAUAAACCAAACUGUGGCCAGCUGGCACUGAGAGGAUAGUAAACAUACAAUUUGCCAUCAAGUCAUUCUGCUACCAGUUUCUGGUAUUCAACUCAACAUGUCCAACAAAGAUGACUGUUAUUUUUAUUACUAUUCCACAUGUAGCAAGGGGAACAAUUGCCCCUUCCGUCACUGUGAGGCUGCAUUAGGAAAUGAAACAGUUUGUGUUCUCUGGAAGGAGGGGCGAUGUUUUAGAAGUGUCUGUCAGUUUAGACACAUGGAGAUCAAUAAAAAACGUAGUGAGAUUCCAUGUUAUUGGGAAAAACAGCCAUUGGGCUGUCAGAAGUUGAACUGUGCAUUCCACCACACUAAAGGACGUUUUGUGGAUGGACUUUUCCUACCUCCGAGCAAAACUGCUAUUCCAAAUGCAUUUGAGCCCCCAGAAGAGGAGCUGAAGAUCUCAGUGCAGCAGAAUAAACUUUCUGUUCAGUCCAAUCCAUCUCCCCAGAUGCGUGGGGUAAUGAAGGUAGAUAGUUCUGAAAAUGUACCAAGUCCCGCUCAUCCACCAGUAGUUAUCAAUGCUGCAGAUGAUGACGAAGAUGAUGAUGAUCAAUUGUCUGAAGAGAAUGAUGAAGCUAAAACGCCUCAUCAGCAGUCUUCUCCAAAAGGUCAUAAUGGAUUGCGAGUAGUUCCUACUCGAAAAACUAUGACGAUCACAAAGGAAGAUAAAGGUGGUAGUUUGAAUUUUGGGAUCAAGACACUUGAGGAAAUCAAGUCAAAGAAAAUGAAAGAAAAAUCAAAGCAGCAACCUACCUGUUCUUUUGAAAUUGCUGCUCAAACCCAGGCCCAUCCAGACCAAGAGAAUGAAAAUGAACGUGCUAUGGUCAGAACUGUAACUUUAUCGACAAAUAAUGGUGAGCAGCCUAAGAUUAGAUUGACUCUCGCAGAACGACUGGGGAAACGGAUAGCUCCCACAGUUGCUGAGACUGACCUUCCUAUGAAACGUAACCUUGCUGAAAGACUGGGGAAAAAAAUUGAUCCCUUGGAGAAUGCAGACAGAACACCAAAGACAGUACAAGUUCGUACGACUGUUAAAGAGAGACUGGGAUUCCCAUUUGGGCAGAACAAGAUAGCAACAGAGAAUGCUGCCACAUCAGAAGUUGAACUCCACAUGAAAACACUUGAAGAAGUCCACGUGGAAAAAGCUAACCAAAGAAAGGGAACAAUUCAGCCAAAGUCCAAGGUUAUAGUAUCUUGGACUACAGAUGAUUCCAGUCCAUGUACAAAACCAUCUCCUGCAACCAGGAUCAAAACCUUUUCUGAAGCCUUUGCUGACAGAAAACAGAAACAAACAGAAGAACAGAAGCAGGGCUCUGUUGUUGUUACUGCACCUGCAAGAAUAACAUUGGAGGAGCCUUCUGGCAAAGACAAAGAUUUUGGAGAAGUGCGCAUCAAAACGUUAGAGGAAAUCAAGCGGGAAAAAGCUCUUCGAAUGCAGCAGAGUGUGGACAGCAAAAAGACACAGCUGCAGCCUGAGAGAAGUCCAUUUGGGAGGAGACUGCUAUGCAUUACAAAACCAAAAGCCACUGGAAAGGAAGAAAAACCCCAACUGGAAUCGACGUCCUUCUCAAGAGUGUCCAGAACAGAUACUACUGUCAAGCUUUUGAAUGACAGUGUCAGCCAUUCAUAUCCAAAAGUUCAUGUGAAGAGCCUAGAAGAGAUAAAAAAGGAGAAGCAAUGCUUGAAAAAUCAGCCAGAAAGGAAGCCACAGGAGAAAGAAGAGGCUGUGGCAGCUGCAGGGGGAAAUGCAGCAGAAGCAAAAUCCCUCAUGCUAACAAAUCCUGCUCCCCCCAUGAAACCAAGCAAAACCCAUCUGCCUACAAAGAGAGUGCUGGAGAGAUCCGAGGAGCCAGUCAAAAAGAAGAUGCAAUUAGAGGAGUCAGAGGUUUCAUCUCAGACUCAAAAUCAGAGAAUUAAAGCCAAACCCAAUGUGAAUGUGAAGCGAUCUGGAGUGAAACCCUUGCCUCCAUCAAAACAUGCACUGAAGCCUAAAGCGCCAGGGAUUCGUCCCUCUGUUGCAGCAGUGAAGCCUCUGAGCCUCGUUCCAAGUGCAUAUGCAAAGCAGUGCUCACCGGCAACUACAGCUCUGGCAAAUCCUCCAGAGAAAACUGUUGUCACCAUUCCUGAGACAGUGUGUUCUAACAGGUCUGAACUUCACCUAGGCAAUCAGGCAACCUCCGCACGACAGGCAGACAUCGCCAGCCCGGCUUCUUCCCAUGAAGUAGUAAAGACGCACAUACCAAGCUCAACAGGACCUCCAAAGACACCAUGUGCAGUUGAAGAUGAGAUUGAUAAACUGAUGUGGGAAAUCUCAGAAGGCACACUGGAAGAUGAGAUUGAAUUGGAUCCUGGAAAAGAUCAGGAUGACCUCCUGCUUGAACUUUCUGAAAUGAUUGACAGUUGAGUGUCCUGUCGCUUUUCUUUUUAAGACUAUAGGUGUAUAGUUCGUUAGAUAGCUAAGAACCUCACCCCCCCCCCCCCCCCAAAAAAAAAAUAGGUGAAGAGUUACAAUUCUUAAAGCACACUUUAGGUGGUUGAAGAAGUUGGCUAAGUUGGAUUGUCUUGAUGUAUCCUGCUGGUCAGAGAAAUGUCCUUGUAUGAUUGCCUUUACAUUAUUCUGACCACGUCAAAUACUUUGCGAAUGAAACCAUGAACAUUUCAACUGGGAAGAUCUGAAACCACCCAUAAUCCUUCACAGAGUCUGCUUGCUCUACAGACUCAAUGACCCUCGUGAACAGUUUUAUUGAACUGUUGUACUCAUUUUCUGGCUGUGUGGCAAAGCUCAGUGUCUGUGUUUCAAAGUUUUCUUUUCAUUGUGGUAGUUUGAGGGUCAUUUCUGGGUUUUUUAAUUACUCUAACAGCUCUUUGAGUCAUGCAAUUACUUUAGAUCAGUAGUACUGUUUAGCAUUUAGAGGAAGGAAAUUGCAGAAUGCUAUUGGACCAAAAACACUGCCACAGCAGGGUUGGGGCUUUUAAAGUUGAGCAGAGAUUCAGUAUGUUCAGAAUGUAUACUGAACAUGCAACAUGGUUUAUCUGCCUAUUCGUUUUGUACCACAUUGUGCAGUUUCUUUAAAUUCAUGAGCAAAAAAUUAAGAAAUCCUAUUCUUACUCUUGUAUUCAUAUUGCAGAUAAGAUUUAAACUGCAUGCCUUAAAAGGGCAUGCAUAGUUGUUCUCAGGUUACCUUCUCCUUUCCUAAAUUGACAAUGUGAUGGCCUACGUUACUGGCAUUGCCUGGGUCAUUUUAAGUAUAGCUUUAGAAUGGCAGAGUAAAGUAGUUGGAGGACUUGUUCUUUGUGUAUGCAAUCUCCCACACUAGAUCCAUGGAGUUCUUAGCUGUGCUCUCGUCUUUGCUAACUCUUACAUUUUCUUGGCACACCAUUUUUCAGCACUUUGGACCACACUUGAGCUGUGUUUGUGGAUUUCCCACAAGCCGUGCAGUGGGUCUUUGGAGACUUGGUUGUACGGUGUACUCUACGAUUGUUCAUUUUUACAGCCAUAUUUUAUGCAAUCACUUUUUCUUUAUUCUUAUGACUGCUUUUUUAAUUAAUCCAGUCUGGCUACUUAAACCUCUGAAAGUGGGAGAAUGGAACAGAAUAUGUUUAUGAAUGGAUUCUUAGCAAAAAAAAGUUGUUUGAUGCUAAUAUAAAUAUAUGCAGUUUAAUUGGGCGGUGGGGGGAGAUCUUCACAAUUUCCUUUGAAGUAGUACUAUAGAAGGAACAAGUUACACAGAGACUUAUUUUCAAUUUUAUUUUAAAAAGAAUAUGUCUAAUGAACUGCCAUCCUGUAUAUUUCUCCAAAGAAGUUGGAAACAAUGAUCCUCCACUGCGUUGAAGGACAAUAGAACUUCUGGCUUUGGGCAAUUUAGUCAAAAGAACUUGAGACUGUGAAAUAUUCUUCCAUGUUUGCAAGAGCUCCUGCCUGCUUUAUUAAUAUGUUCCAUUAAUAUUUUUCUUCAUAUUCUACCUGCAUAAGAGAAUUCUACUUAAUUCUUAUAUACUGUAUUUCAUUGCAUAGUAGUCACUUUUUAUCUCUUUUAAUUUUGAUUGAAAAAGGGUUUUUGUACAAUGAAAAAAAAACACCAGUCUUAUGUAGUCUGCUAGCAGCUAGCUUCCCUUCCAUGUGUCUUGCUGCUCUAAACAGCUUUACCUGCUUGCCUCCACCCACUUUCAAGAAGAGUGCUCCAUCCACUCGUCCUUCUGCCCACCUACCCCCUUUUGAGCAUGGCCUAUGCUUCACUCACUUGCCCAACCGCUUUCAAUGCCGUGCCUGAAAGGGGUGGGCGAGUGUGAGUGAUGUAGCACUGACUGUGCCGGAAAAGAGGCAGGUGAAUAGGUAAGCAAAUGAGUGAGUGAAUGAAGCUGUGCCCAAAAGAGAGUAUGUGGGAGGAUGGGCGAGCAAAGAGGCAGGUGAGCAGGUAACGUUGUUUAGGGCAGUAAGACACAUGGAAGGGAAGCCUAGCUGCUAGUAGACUGUUUACAGUGGAAAGGCUGUUUUUGUUCACAAUCUCCUCUGCCAGAAGUAUGCUGGGUGAUGAAUAAAGGAUGCACCAACAAAAAUACCAAGUUUGCCAUUUAAAAAAAAAAGGGGGGGGGGUGCAACUACUAUGCAAUGAAAUAGGGUAUUCCAUUAUUUUUGUAUAUAUUUGUCUUUGGUUUGUAUUUAAAUCAUUGUAUCUAAAUCAAACUUAUUUACUAUUUCUUUAAAGACAAGUAUUUGUGUUUUACAUAAAGCUAAUGUCAGAAAGAGG